CACAAGGUGGAGAUAGAGGGCUUCCAAUGUGAUGAGGACUCAGAGUUGUAUUUCUACCCUUGCCCAUGUGAUGAUAACUUCUGUAUCACCAAGGAGAUUUUGGAGAAUGGGGAAGAUGUAGCAUUGUGUCCUAGUUGCUCUUUCAUUAUAAACGUGAUUUAUGACAAAGAUCAGUUUAUGUGUGGAGAAAUAGUCCCAGCCCCUUCCAACAACAAAGAAUUAGUUAAAUGUUGGAGAAGCCUUCAGGAAUCUGAAUCUUGA